AUGGAAUACCCACAAAGGCUCGAUGACCUCGUCCCUCGUCUCGAACGGUUUCCCGAUGAGCAAGAUGCUACUGAUGAAAAUCCGACUCCAGCACGCAGAGCACCUACGAGAUGUACGUACGUUACCCGAAGUUGUAAACUCAGAGGAAUUCUACAGGAUGAUUUCAAGUAUUUGGUGGUAAGGAAUAGACGUCGUAAUGAAAAGUUGUAUCAUAACUUGAAUGUUGUAAAGGAUGAUUUUCGCCGGGUUGCAGAAUAUUUCCAAGUACUGCGGCGUGAUGCUUUACUCCUUGCCAAUCUACAUAUCAGGCGGUUAUGUGAAUUACGUGUAGACAACGGCAACGUAAUCAAUGGCGACAUCGUACCGGACUUAUUAACGCUGGCAUUCUGGCGUCAUUGCCUAGAACUUGUGGCAUCUCCGUAUCCAGGGACGCGUCGUAUUACUAGAUUCCAUGCAGAAGAAUGGCAUCAGCAGCUAGUCGUGACCUUCGAUAAUCACUACAAUCCUUGUCGCCGCUAUGACAAUAUUAUGCAAAUCGACCGGUAUGACAUACCAUCGUAUACAUCUUUGGUACAAUAUAUCGUGGCAGAUACAUUCACAACGAACGCCAUCACAAACGCAAAGGAACACCUGUGUGGGAAUCUACUCAUUUAUAUGAAGAGAUCUUGGGAAUCAUUGUUCCUCCAUGUCCAUCCGAACCAGCUGCCUAGAAAGCCAUCUGCAUUAGCAACCAUGGCAACACAUGCAAUCAAACAUCACCUUGAGUUUGAUAACACCUUCGAUUGGCUACAAAAUCUACCUGAGAAUGUGGUGAAUCAAGCUCAACAAUUCUACAACCUUAUUCUACCACGCUACAUUCAAAUUGUCCCCCCUGCCAUGAAUUUGGAGGAUCUGGAAGAUGAGGCUCUCGAUCGAAUCACCGUGAUGCGGAUAAUGGAUCUGUCAUUUAUCAUGCUUCGUCAGGCAGAAACUCAUCCAUUGGCAAAGAAGUGGUCUAUCCUACCAUUAGCGAAGCAUCAAAUUGGUUUUGUUGAAUACGACACGGUGGGAUUGUUCAAGUUUUUCCAAUUGCUAUAUGGCCAAACAGGAUCACAGAAUCUAAUCCCUCGGCCUAUGAUGAAUAUCAUUGGCCAAAUGCAUAACAGAACAGCAUACAAGAUGCUUAUGGAUGAUUACGGGAAUCAAGAGCAGCUAUGGAAUCAACUAUUCCAAUUGAACAAGAUUGCACCAUUUAACAAUAGGCGCUCAUUCAGCCGAACAACUGAGCAAAACCGAGACAUAAAGCCAUUUGGAUUUGCAUUUGCCAUGCAGACCGACGGACACAGUGCACGUUUUCGAUUCAAGAUCCGUCGUGUCGAGCAAUACCCCUCCUCUAAGAAGGAAUUCAGCUUAUUACCAAGAGGAGGAAACAUGUCUGGAUCUUUCCUUGGAAGAGGGAUCUAUCAUACCAAUAAAGAACCUAUCGGUUUGAAUGAUGGUAUACUCGCCAACGCCCGCAUAGUUGGUAUUGAUCCUGGAAUUCGAGAUUUAUUUACCGCCGUGUCAACAAGCAAUGGGCAUCUAUUAUCCCGUGACAAUAGAGAGGUUGAUGGUACCAUAACAGCAAUUUCGAACCGCGAAUACCAAGAAAGGUCGGGAUUUCAACAUUCGUUACGAACCGAACUCAAGGCACGCCAACAUUCUGGUAUACAAGAAUACUAUGAUGAUCUUACAAUGAAUCCACCCACUGUCAGCUCUAUGCAAAAUUUCCAGCGACAUAUACGAGCCAUAGCCCGUGUACAUGACGAGAUACACGGAUUUCAUAUCCGAUACCGCCAUCGUGAACGGCGAGAACGGAACCUUGCAAGACGCCAAUCAACACUGGAUACAUUGGCUAUCAGUAUAACAAGAUCCAUUGCUCGGGGUAACAUACCAAGAAAGCAUGCAUCGAAAAGAGAACGCAGACGCAUAAGACGAUCGGCACGACGAUUGAACCAAUUACAGCAAUACCAAAAUCUAUUACAAGAGCACCACAAUACACAACAUCAACAGAUGCUACAGCAAAUGCAAGAAGCCAAUCAACAGAUAACUCAACAACUUCAUCAACAACAAGCUGUAUUAGACAUUCUCGCAUAUCAGCAACGAGUUGUCCAAAACCUGAGACACGAUAUCAUCCAACAAGGAAACCAGGUCCUUGAACAAGUGGAACAAAACCAUUUACAAGCUCUAUGGACGGCUUAUCAAGAUGAAUUGGCUGCAAUGGAUCAACUUCAUGUUGAGCAAAGAGUACAACUGGGUCAGGAACAUGAGAACCAGAGGCAAGCCAUGGAGGCAGAACAACAACAACAACGACAACAAUUCAUUCACCAACAACAGCAACCACCUCAUACCAUCAUAUCCUAUGGAGACGCUGAUUUACGUGGUACAAUGCGUGGGCAUGCACCUCUCCCAACAAAGACCUUUAGACAAUACCUGGCAAAAUACUGUCUGGUGAUGUGCGUUGAUGAGUUUAACACAUCACAAAUUUGCUCGCAAUGCGACAAUCGACUUGUUAAUAUUGUAGAAAAUUACUAUCGAUGUAAUCAUAGAACCAAAGUCUUCAAUAUUACCUUCAGAAACCAUCAUCGUCGUAUACGAUAUUGUCUAAACGAUGCUGGUGAACGUAUGCACAGGACAUCCGAAUGCCAACAAGCACUUGAUGCAGGUAGCAAGAGAAAGAAAAAACAUCAAUAUCAUGCCAUUCACCACCUUUAA